AUGGACUCCUCUUCAACUUCAAACCCUACUUCUUGCACGUCCACGUCAGCACCCACCGGCCGCCACGCUGUCAAGCAAAAUAAGAUAAAGAAGAAGACAGGUGGUGGCAGCUCGGCCGUGAGGCUCUCGACCGAUCCACAAAGCGUGGCGGCCAGGCAGCGGCGCCACCGCAUAAGUGACCGUUUCAAGAUUUUGCAGAGCCUUGUGCCCGGCGGCUCGAAGCUCGACACGGCUUCCAUGCUUGAAGAAGCCAUACAAUAUGUCAAGUUUCUACAGGCUCAGAUUUGGCUCCACCAAGCCAUGAUAAGCUUAGCUGGAGCCGAUGCUGGUCAUGACUUGUCGGCUAAUAAUAAUAAUAACGAUUACUUGGGCGAUCAUAAGGUGGAGUCUGAGGAGAUUGAGGAGUUAGGAGGAUGGCCGUCAGUUUAUUGGUAUUAUGGCAAUAAUAAUAUUGGUGGGCCCUUUUGA